GGCUUCAGAUUUUUCAGGGCUGCUAUGUGGAAAGUCGAGACAUCACACCGUGAGCUCCUUGCUCCAUUCGCCUCAGCGUUUCUCUCUCCUUGGAUCACAGCAUUUGAAGGGGCCACUCUCGAGUUCUGGGUUGCAUUUCAGCCUUCCACCCCUCCUGAUUUGUACCCACAUGCUGGGGAGAGGGAGGGAGGAAUGGGUAGGCCGGAUAACCACCCUUCCACGGCGCUGCUGCUGCUCCUGGGCCUAGCUCUGACCAAACGCAGCCGCUAACAGGUCCAGGCGGGUCGCGGCGGAGGGGGUCGCUCGGCGCGGCUGCCACCCUCCCUUCCCUGGCUGUGGCCGCCGUUGUCCAGAGCGAGGGCUCUCCCAGAGCCCGCCCGAGGUCAUCCGCGAGCGACAGGCGUGCGAGGGCACAGCUGGCACCAGGACCAACACUUGAGUUCCGCUGGCGCACCUUCCCCUCGCCCGAGCCCCGAGUUGGAGUCCAUUCCCCGCUCAGCUGUAAUCCUGACCGCAAGUGCGGUGCGGAGGUGGGGGGAAGAAAUUCUGUCAGGCCGAUGUCGUCGUGGCAACCGAAGGCCCGUCGUUAAGGAAGUGACGUCGACGAGACCCCGUAUGCCGGGGGUCGGUGACAAGUGGAGGGGUUAGGGGGGCUCGCGGCACGGGGGUUGUUUUUGAAUCUCGAAUCGUCGUUGGUCCGGGUCCGCGCGCCCUGGGAGGGGAGGACCCUGAUUCGCUGGCACAAAACCGCACGCGGACGCUUCCCAAAGCCUGGGAGGGGACGAGGGGAAUAGGACUUCCUCAUGAGAGCGUAGGCUUUUUAAAGGGUGGGCACUGUGGCUUGUGUAGGGGCCCGGUUUCUAUGCCAAACCUCGGGCGACAGUCUGUGCAGAGUUUGCACGUCCAGCUUUCCUCCCACAGUCCAAAGAUGUGCAGUUGAGCUGGAUUAGCCAUGGGAAAUGCGGAGUAAUGGUUGUGUGGGGUGGGCUAGUGCAUAAUUGAUGGACCGGAUGGCCUCUUGCCGCACAGCAGGGAUGCUGUGACUUUUACUGAGGGGGGAGGUUCCCACUAGAAGCAGAGAGAAGGUGGGGUCAUUACUGAGUAGGAUAUUUGCUGAGGAGGAAGGUAACUGAGCAGAGUGUUUGUUAUUCAGGAUACAGAUGGGCAUUUAUUGAGGGGAGAAAGGUGGGUUUUAUUUACCGAAGGGAGCAAGAUGGGUUUAUUUCCUGUAGGAAAAGAGGAGGGGUUGGUUAAACAAAAUGGGAGGUAAUUAUGUUAUUGGAGGUUGUGGAAUACAUUUUAAGCGUGGGGUGUGACCCAACAUGAAAACGCAUAAUUUCCAAUUUUAGGCUACAUACAUGCCUCCAGUGAGUGUAUUGCUCUAAUGUGAACUUGCAGAUCAUGUGAGGGGAAACAAACCCAAUCCAUCAUUGCUGCUUAUAUGCUGCCAGACCUGCUGAGAUUUUCCAGCAUUUUCUCUUUUGAUUUCCAUAUUGGACUUGGGAGCCAUCAGUACUGUCAAAUUCGUACAUAAUGCACAGUGGUGAGAUGGGAGUAAUAAUUUAAAUUGUGGAGUCAUGGCAGUAAGCCAAUUGAAUGAGACCUUGGCAGCCACUACUCUCAGUGAUAGACUAGAAAAUGCUCCCACCGAAGAACAGACUAAUCCUGAACCCUUCACUUGGACAUGCCCAGAUGGUUCCUUCGUGAAGAAAAUUCUGCAGAGAGGUAGUGGUCUCGAUAAACCCAAAGAAGGUUCAACGUGUCGUGUUUGUGUGGACGUGGAACCCUCCAGCAGUUUUGAUGCAGGGACCCAUUUCCAAAACGGGAUCAAUCAGUCAGUUGAGCUGAUUCUUGGUGAGACUGAUACACAGUUUGUAGAACUAAUCGAGAAAUGUGUUGAGACUAUGCUUUUGGGAGAGCAAUGUGAGCUAAUUCCUGCUCCAGACUUGAUGAAAACAUUCACAGAUUGCAGAGAAGGACUGAGAAUAGUUGUGAAGCUGGAGGAGUUCACCCUCCAGCGGGACUCCUGGGAAAUUGGAUUUGAGGAAAAAUGGCAGAUGGCUAUGCAUCACAAAGCUAAAGCCACUGAGCAUUUUAAAAGUGGGAAUCUUUUUGGAGCUGCACUACGUUAUGCAAAAUCUCUGAAGCUGCUGGUGACUGUGAAAUAUGAUGUGCCUCUUGAGAAAACCAAGGAGUAUGUCCAGGCCAAAAAGGCCUUGUAUUCAAACCUGGCAGCCUGUCAGAUAAAACAGAAGCAGUACAGAAAUGUCAUCCACAACUGCUCAAAGGCACUGGAGAUUGAGCCAGACUCUGUGAAAUGCCUGUACCGAAGGGGUCAGGCUUAUGCCUCCAUUAAUGAGUUUGACAAAGCCAAACGUGAUUUGAAGCGAGUACUGAAGUUGGAACCAGCAAACUCUGCUGCUGCAGCGCAACUUCGAGUUCUUAUUGAACAGAUCAAGGCACAAAAUGAAAAAAUGGGUAAAGCAAUGAGUAAGCUGUUCAUCUGAGAGUGUACACAUCAGGAUGAAUCAGAAAAACAUUCUCUUUCAUUAACAGAGUAGUACUUGACCACAGGAGAAUUUCAUGUUUUGGACUAAUAAAUGUAUCGAGGAUGUUUCAUUAAUUAUAUUGUGUCUUGGGUUAUAAUGCUAUAAAAUUCUUUUAUAAGAGAUCAAGAAGACUGAUUUCACAUCGUUAUAAGACAAAUUCAUUUUUAUGAACCCAAACGGUCGUGCAUAUAAUGAAAAUUGGUCAUCACGCAUGAUUUGAUGAAUAGUUGAAGACGUGUAAUGAGGUUGAGUGGUUAACUGGAACUGUAAGUAAUUGCAGAUUGUAUUAACUCACUAAGUAACUACUGAAGUUUGUCAGUAUGUAAUUAUCUGAUGAGGGAAGUUUCUGUAUUGCCAAGAGCCUAGCUCCUAUUAUGUGAAAGCAUGGAUUUUUGAUAUUUUCAACUGUGGUACCUGUUAUGUAGAGUGUAAACUUUUAAAUAAACUGCCAAACUUGCUGUGCAAUGACCCCUAUUAAGGCAGGUGGU